GGUGGCACUUUACAGCAAAACGAAACGAAAUGUCUUGAAGUUGAAAGAUGGAUUUCAAUGUUGGCGUUUUUUCAGAGAAAUCUUCGAUUUUAAUUGAUGGUGGAGAUAGAUUUGGUGUGUCCGCAAUUCAUUGGGACCUUCAGGAAGAGCUGCUUUGGGUUGGUAAUCAAGGAGGACAUGUCACUAGUUAUUAUGGCUCUUCUCUACACAAAUACACAUCAUUCCAAGUUCAUGCAUCUCAAGAAGUCAGACAGAUGAUUUCUUUUGAUGCUGGUUUACUUAUAGUAACCCCAAACACUCUUAGAUGCCAACAAAGGAGAGGUGUCCCAUUAUUCACUUACAGCUCAAGUACUUGUGAAGAUCUACAAUGCUUGUUACAAACAGGGCCCACAACAGUUCUACUUGGAGGACACCAACCGCUGGUAGUAGAAUUUGACCUUGUGACAGCGAAGGAAACAACAAAAUUUGAUGUAGGAGAAAAGGGAUGUGCAAUUCUGAGACGACACCCUAGAUUUAUCUGCUCAGGUGACGCUAGUGGAUGCGUAUCAUUAAGAGAUCCUCGAACUUUACGUGAAGAGCAUAAAUUUGUAGCACAUACUGAAAGCCUUUCAGAUUUUGAUGUUCAUAACAACUUGAUUGUGACUUGUGGGUUUUCAUCCAGGCAGGGAGGUGUGGUUUCGGAUCGCUUUUUGAAAAUUUACGAUGUUAGAAUGUUACGAGCUCUCAGUCCAGUUCCUGUGGUCGGAGAACCAUUUCUAUUGCGGUUCUUACCAGCAUUCUCGUCCCAAUUGGCGGUUAUCUCUGCCAUGGGACAGUUACAGGUUCUUGAUGCAGCUGCUCCUGCAUCUUCAGCUCUUCAACUUUUCCAAGUGAAUAACGAGGGUGCUAUGUGCAUGGCUCUUGAAGUUUCAUCUUCUUGCCAAUGCUUAGCUGUGGGGGAUGCCGGUGGAUAUGUUCACACCUUUGCAUCAAACGCAUCAGCUUUAUUUAACAGCUUUUCUCGACCGACGGAAUUUGCCGAUCCAGUAGAAUCCCUUCCGGUUUCGAUCGCCAUGGACGAUACUACGACGCCACUCACUUCAAUCCCUUUCCCCUUAGAACACAAUUCGCCGCUGCUAUCAGAUUGGCCGGAACAGUUUACCCGCAGGAGAUUCCGUAAAGUUCCACCUAUUGAUCAUGCUAUUCUGUCAAAUAUGCGCAUGGUAGGCACUAUUGGUUAUGCUCCAAGUCCAGCUGAUCAUAGACCUAAUCAAGUGGCCUACUCAGCCGAAAAACGAACACAACGUGGUCAGAAACAUUCGGGAACGGAUUCAACACAUUCAAAGGAAGAUACUGAAUGCUAUCAAGUGUGGAAACGAUAUCGUCAUAUCGAGAUGAGGUACACAAAGGGUGGCCUUGACGAAAAUGAGUUAGCUCGUUACAAUUCCACGCCCCUCUGCGGUUUGGAUAAUACACUUCCUUAUUCAUAUGCAAACUCUUUGCUGCAGGUGUUAUAUUUCAUUCCGGAAUUACGUCAUUGUCUUCUUGAGCAUUCCUGCAACCGAGAAUUUUGUCUUGCCUGUGAGCUGUCAUUCCUUUUUCAUAUGCUGGAUGUUGGUAGAAAUCAAGAUCCUACUAGUACUCCAGUUACAGUCCAACCAUCUAAUUUUCUUCGGGCUUUCCGCACUCUUCCCGAAGCUUCGGCAAUGGGACUGUUGAUGGCAGAAAAUCAUCCUGAAAUAAAGAUAAAAAGUACACUUCCUAGGCUUGCUCAGAGCUGGGCUCGUUUUAUUCUUCAACAACUUAGCAGCGAAACCUUGCCUCAAAGCAAGAUAACAAAAGAAUCGACCACAAUUACAAGUAAUUUAGUAGAAUUUAACGGAGAAGGUACGGAAAAUUCUAUUAAACCGGAAAGAGAUGUUUCACCUUCUGAGGAUGGUCUGUCACCAGUGUCUCCUAUCUCUAAACUGUUUGGUGUUGAACAAGAGCAGAUUAGCCGCUGCACAAAAUGUGGAAGCGAAAAUUCUAAAACUUCGCCUGUGCUUCUCUCUUCCCUUACUCUGCAAGAUGUGGAGGAUGAACACAGCUUCGAACAUGUACUUGAAAAGAGUUUUGACGUAGCAAGUGUGACUCCGGCCUGGUGUGAAGUUUGUCAAAAAUAUCAAGCAACUCAGCAAAGAAGACGUUGUCUAACAUUACCGCCAGUUCUUGCUCUGUCCUGUGCUAACGAUACCUAUAAAGGUUUUCGAUUUUGGUCAGAUCAACUACAAUGUUUUUUAGACCCUGAACUAUUCGAUGGAUCAGAUUUGACAGAAGGGGCGUCCGUCCAGUCUGGGCAAGGAAAGCCUUGUAGAUAUGGGCUUGAAUGCACACGGCCGAACUGUAAGUUUGGACACGGAGGACAACCUUUGAGGCAUAGUGCAAGCUUUACAGGAAUAUCUUCAAAUCAUUGGGUCCCGUCUCAGCUCCGUUUUAAAGUUCAACCGGAAGGAGGACUUGUUUGUCUGAAACCCGAUCAAAAUCAGGAAGGGUUUUUAUCGUAUUCUCUUGUUGCUGCGGUAUGUUGGAUUGACGAAUCCAAACUGGAUGCAAAACACCAUGGAAAAUGGCACUUAGUUUCAACAAUUCAAAUUCCUCCUGGUUAUUUAUCUUCAGAAACUUCUCCAGAAGAGAACAACUCCAGCAAUUGGUACGUCUUUAAUGAUUUUGCUGUUAAUCCUAUCAACCCGGACGAGGCAAUUUCUUUUUUUCCUGAUUGGAAACUUCCGUGUCUCUUGUUUUAUUCAAAGAAUGAAACAACAAAUUGUUCCAUCUUAACUGAUCGACCUUUAAGCAAUCCAAUCACUGCUGACGUGUUUAAAGAGGACAAAUCGUUGGCUCAGAAAUCGGAGUGCUUGCAAAGAAUAUCAUUUCUUCCGCUGGCGACGGACGAGAUGCCCGGAAAUGGGGAUUUAGUGGCCAUGGACGCCGAAUUCGUCACGCUGAAUCAAGAAGAAGCCGAAUUGCGCAGCGACGGGAAAUCAACCACUGUACGACCAAGUCAAAUGUCGGUUGCUCGCGUCACUGUUAUCAGAGGGCUUCGCAGCAACGGUUUAUCUUGGACGAGUAUUGAAUAUUCGAGUCAAGGUAACAUGGAAGGGUUACCUUUUAUCGACGACUACAUCGCCACUCAAGAUCAAGUAGUUGACUACUUGACGAAAUUUUCUGGGAUCCAGCCAGGCGACCUGGAUGUCGCCUCCUCGUCGAAGCAUUUGACUACCUUGAAGUCGACUUAUUUAAAGCUACGCUUCUUGGUCGACAAUGGUGUGACAUUUGUCGGCCACGGACUGAAGAACGAUUUUAGAGUUAUAAAUCUUCUAGUACCUUCAAAUCAAGUAAUCGACACCGUCCAUUUAUUUCAUUUGCCUCACCAACGUAUGAUAUCGCUUCGAUUUUUGGCGUGGCAUUUCCUUAAUUUGAAAAUCCAAUCUGUCACUCACGAUUCUGUUGAGGAUGCUCGAACAGCCCUGCGUCUUUAUCGUCGCUAUCAAGAACUAAAGGCCAAGGGUGAUGAAUUUUUUAAUGAAUCCCUCCAGGAACUUUAUAAUGUCGGACGUCGCUUACAAUGGAUGGUUCCUGGAAUGGACGAGGAAUAACAGAGUGCUCAAUUUUAAUUUUCUUUUGUUCGCUUUCGUGUUUGCAGCCAGAAUAAAUAAUCUUGUUUUCUAACAAAAA